GUCCGCUUCUCAAAAAACCUACUCGGAAACUGUUAUAUACGUAGGAAGAGGAACGUAUUCCCCCUAAUUAUACAGCAAAGAUGUCAAACCAAACGUAUAACCAACUCUGGAUAGACGGCAACAAAGAGCUUGCGGAGCAGCUAGAGUACGAGACCCCCAAAGAUGCCACGCUGCAGGUCAAAGACCGCGAAGCAGCCGUGCAGCAUUUGGCCGUGCUUUACGUGAGGUACAUCCAGAUAUUUCGGAAACUGGAGAACUCGUAUGAUCAGAUCGUUCAUCCCCAAAAACGACGACUGCUGCGGGAUGUGGUGAUUGCGACGAUGGGACGGAUGGUCGAGAUCAAGCAUAAACUCGUCGAGCUGGAGCUGACAGAUUUCCUCAACAUCGGCGACAUCCUAAUGGACAUGAAACUGACGCCGGACGACCUUCGGAUCCCCAUACCCAAAUUCUAUGUUGAGGAGAGAGUGGAUAGGAUAACGCAGCAUUCAGCUCUUCUGGAGAGCCUUAGCGCAAAAACAAUGGGCUUCGGCGAAGCCGUCCCGCCCUUCCCACCCCUCAAGAUCGCAGACGCUAUUCGCAUCAUUCAGGUGAACGAGCGCGGGCGGCAGGGCAGGCUGAGGGCGAAGUACAUGGCGGAUAUCAAGCUGCAAGCACAUAGAGAAAAAGACCUUGACCAGAAUGAGGAAGAUAUGGAAGUCAAUAUUGCUGCGAUACGGAUUCAGAAAGUGUACAAAGGUUUCAAAGCCCGCCAAAUCUACAAAAAGAUGAUGCACGACGAGCUCGCAUUUCUAGGGAUGACAUCCGUACUAAAAGAUCCGAAAACAAACCCGAUCGUCAAAGCGGAGAAUAACCGCAACAGGAGGAAAUUCAUUCAGCAGCAGUUUGAGGAUGAGUACCAGCAGGCGUUGGUGAAUACCCGUGAAAAGAUAAUGAAAGUCGAAGGCCCCGACAUGCGCGAAUCCCUCCAAGACACCUUCCGCCACUGGUACAUGGAAUACAAGCGCAUCAACGGCAAAUUUCCCGAUUUCCCUACCGACAAAGUCUGGCAGAACCCAAAUUUCAAAUUUGAACUUACCGCUGACGGCCAGAUUCCUGCGCCGCCGCCGGAUGUGGAGGCGAGCGAGGGGGGGAGUAAACCGAGUACCGCGGGGAGCAAGAAGGGGAAGGGCAAGGAUAAGGAGAAGGGGAAGAAGGAGAAAGGGAAAGAGAAGAAGAAGGGGAAGGGGGAGGAGGAAGAAGACCCCGACCGCUUCAAAUUCGACGACUCCACGUACUUGGAGGACAUCAAAACAGAACGCUCAACCUUCGCCGACAAAUGGGCCAGAAAAGACGAAGCUGAGAAUUUCGCCCAGAAGCAUGACCAGGAAAUCGUCAAGGGCGAAAAACGGCGCGAAGUCGAGGCCGAGAUCAAAAACCAAGUAAUGGAAAUCCUAAAAGAAGAGCUCAAGAACCUGAAAAUGGCAGUGGAGAGAGAAAAGGCUGGAAAGAGCAGGAAAGGGAAGAAGGGCAAGAAGGGGAAGAAAGCCGUGUCUCAUGUGAAGGAUGGUGCAGGAAAGAAAGGUGGGAAGAAGGGUGGGAAGAAGGGGGGCAAGAAAGGGAAAAAGGAGAAAGACAUCACUGCCAACAGAACGAUGGAGUCGUUGGUGGAGGAGUUGGUCCAGACGGGGAUUUUGCAGAAGUACCCACCAGCGUCGCUACGAGAUUUGCGCGGCGAGUUUGAUGUCUCUGGGACAUCGACGAGUAAGGUGACGGCUUUGAAGCCUACGCUGGGGGAGGUGCAGAGGGCUGUCAGUGAAUACUGCGUGUUACCUCUUGGACUUCCGGAGUCUGUGUCGAUCCCGGCGGUGACUAGCGUUUUGCUGUUUGGGCCAAAAGGAACCGGCAAAUCCCUCCUCGUCAACGCCGUCGCCUCCGAACUAGGCGCCUAUCUCUUCAACCUCACCCCUCGCAACACCGCCGGCCAAUUUUCCGGGAAAGCCGCGACUUCCAAAAUGAUCCACAUGGUCUUCAAAGUGGCCAAAGCGAACGCCCCCGCCAUCAUCUAUAUCGACAACGUCGAGAUGAUCUUCGCUAAAAAAGUGCCCAAGGAUGAUACAUCCGAGCCCAAACGCAUCAAAAAGGACUUACUCAAAGCCAUGAAGGCGCUUAAACCGGAGAUGCGCGUCCUGGUGAUGGGGGUGAGCAACAAGCCGUGGGAUGGGGAGAUGAAGGCGCUGCUGCCGCCGUUUGGGAAGCAUUUGAUGGUCCCGAAACCGGAUUAUGCGUCGCGGAAUGCGCUGUGGAACUUCUUUGUGGGGAAGAAGGUGCCGAGUGCGGUGGGGGGAUUGAAUGUUAGUUUGCUGACGAGGAUGAGUGAGGGGUUGUCUGCGGGGCAGAUUUCGCUGGCUUGUGAGAGGGCACUGACGAAUCGGAGGUUGAAGCUUCUGCGAUCAAGACCGCUGGUGACCAACGAGCUAGUAGAGCAGAUCCUGAACAUGUAUCCAAUCGACAAGGACGAGGAUAAACCGUUUUGGGACUUCUAUGAAAAGACCCCACUAGUCAAGAAGCGGACGGCAUUGCUCACGGCGCCGGAUGAUGAGGGGGAUAAGAAGAAGGAUGCCAAGGGGGCGAAGGGGAAGCCUAAGUCGGCGAAGAAGAAGUAGUGUUGGAGAUGUGGUACUAGAAGCUUACGUGAUUGUGUAGGCUUACGGCACAAUAUACGGAGUCGCUGGUGACAGACAACCUGUGAUAUGGAGGUGCUUGGACGUGGUUCCUUCCUGGAUGUCCCUCCUUGGAUGCUUGCAGUCUCGUAGGCCAUCUCCCGUCCAGAUGCGUCCCCUCUCAAUUUCAACUCCGCUCCGGUGAGGCAACGCGUUCUCAAGUUCUCCAGUUUCUCACAUGUCUGCUGGAUGACGCG